AUGUCACCGAAUAAUCGAUUUUUUUCACGGUUUUUUUCUCGUUUCUCAACUACCAAUAAUGAUCAUCAUCGAGCUCAUCAACUUGUUAAUACAGAAGAUGAAAUAAAUGUUGAUGAUCCAUCCGAACAAUCAAUAGUUGAAGAACAAAAUCUUGUUUCACAACCAAUAAUACCAAUUACAACAAGAGUGCAUUCAUCAUCAUCCAUAUUAAAACGAUAUGAACGAAAUUAUAUUUCAGCAUCAUGUAGUAUGUUUGCUAUAGCUGCAUUAGCGGUAAGUCUAUCUGAUUACCGAUGGCUCUGGUUAAAUGGUGGUUUAUG